AUGAAAAGUUUUUUUCUUCGAGAAUCAGACAAGUUUGAAACUCCUGCACCACCACCACCACAACUGACGAUGGUUGAAUCAGCCGCCAACCAUACGAUGCGCCUUUUGCAUUCUAUCGGACCAACCGUGAAAUAGGUUGACAAACAAAAUGGUAUCGUCGUUGAGGCCAUCACCAGAUACGGAACCGCCAUCCGCAGCCAGCAAGAACAAACUAACGAUAUUGGAUCGCAGCGUCAGKCCCGUACUCGAGAAUCCUGAUGAGACGGCGUCCAGGCAAGCCGGGGUCGAUCCAUACACCGAACGACUGCAUAGAUUCCAUGGUACCUCCGUCGUAUUCGAAUGUUGCCGCGGAUUGUCGCUCCAGCCCUCCACCUUCGCGACGGCGUGUACCAUAUUCCACAGGUUUUGUCACGCAACCUCGCUGACCGAAUACGACGUCUGGAGCGUCGCCAUGGCCAGUACCCUCCUGGCAACGAAAGUCGAAGACGAACCCAAGAGUCUCAAACAGUUUAUUGAGGAGCAUGCGAAAAUCUAUGCCCGGCGACUUGUUCUGGCUGAUUUGUCGCGGCAGCAAAGUGGUAACAACAGUAGCAACAGUGAAAAGACUCUAGAAGAUCUUGUGCAAGCGACGCCCCAGUUGGCCUUUCUCCGGAGCCCCAUAGAAAAAUGGAGGAAGGCUGAAGACAGGCGACGCGUUUGCGAUACUCGCCUCCCCCAACAACUCAACAAAUUCGGACCCGUCUACAAGGAAUGGUACGAACAAAUCACGAAAAUGGAAUCGAUUCUGCUGCGACAAUUGGGCUUCACGUUCCACUGGAUCUCCGACUCGCAUCCGCACAAAUUUAUUCUGAAUUUUUGCCAGGCACUGGAACUACACGAUGCGAAGGUAUGUUGCGUGCGUUUGCUGGGCUGUGCAUUAUCAUGGAGAAAAUUUGUCGGCAAAAACCUUUCGCGAUAACACUGGUUUCACCAAACGAUCUGUUGUAACGCUUUUCCGUGAACUGAUUGAAUUUCUGAUGCACUCACUCUCCUUGAUAUCUACGCACAUGUAAUCCCCGCAUCUUUUUCUAUCCAGUUUGCACAACGAGCUUGGGACUACUGCAACGAUUCUUGUCGGCUCGAUCUCUCGUUGCGCUACCUUCCAGAAAUUAUCGUAAGUCGUCUUUGUCCCUCGCCGUUUAUUUAAGUUGCUGCUGAUUGUUUGAAUUCUCGGUUCUUCUCCUAGACGUGACAAUUCACGCCGUGUGCCGUUCUGUGUCGUUUUUUAUCGCACAGGCCAGCAGCUCGAUUUUGCUGGCGGCUCGGGAUUUCGAUGCUGCGCUGCCAGUCGAGCCACGUCCUUGGUGGGAAGUCUUCGUAGGAAGUGAGACUGAGAAAGGACAGCAGGUGGUAGACGCAGCCAAUGCUAUCUUGGGGACCAGUGACUUGGGGACCAGCGAUUUGCGAUCGGGAACAGGAAAAGACCGGGGGGUAUCUAACGAAGGAGAAGACGACGAUGACACAAAAUAUCGUGUAAGCAUGCUAGCCGCGUCCAAGGGCUUCCUCCGUUCCUUGGUCAAUACGAGUUYUAAUGGUGAUGCCGAGACGAGCUUCAAUGAUCCAGACAGCUUUCUUUGGUUUUGUCAGAAAGAGAUUUUUGAAAAAGAAAUGAAAAACAAUGAAUGAUCUGUUUUUAAUUUGCUUCGUGCAAAAGAAGAUGUUUGGUGAUUUGUCUUUAUGAAUAAAUUACUGUGGCACCU